AAUAUAGCCUAUGUUUCUUGAAUACUUUAAAUAUACGUGUAUUUUAGAAAGUGGUUACAAUUCAUUGAUGAUACUAUAGUUCACUUUCGAUUAAUAUUGUGGAUUCCUCGUAUUUUGAGAAUGCUAUAUGGUUAUGAAGUUUAAGUUGAAUCUCGAUUUCAUGAUUACCAAAGGGUGAUGUUUGUUGCCCUUCUUAGGCGCCCACGCUAUUUUACGAAUUAAGAAUGGAACGAAAUGGCGCGAGAGAAAUGGACGAACGAAUGUGCAUAAGAGACACCGGGAAGAUAUUAAAGAAAUACGGCAGCACAGCCAAACAUGUUACACGAACUGAAAACUUGAUAAAGCAUGCUGUAUCAGCGACUGACACUCUUCAAGGAAUUGCUCUAAAAUAUGGAGUUACAACUGAACAAAUAAGAAGGGUCAAUAGAUUAUGGGCUUCUGAUAGUUUAUUCUUAAGGGAGCAUUUACUUAUUCCUCUUAAUUCAGAAAACCCAUGGUCAUUAUCUAUUGAUGAUACCAAUGAAAAUGAGCAUAAUGCUAUUCAAAGUGUUUCUAGUCCAUCUUCGAUAUCAUCGUCUAUAGAUGAUGAUAGUUCAGUGAACGAUUUUUUAGCUAAAAUGGAUUCUUCGAUAGCCAAUGCUAAGAGAAAAGUGAAACAUACUCAGGGGAAUAGUGAAUUUUGCACCGAGGAUACUGAUAUCUAUGUACAGCGACAUAGAGUGCCUACUAAAUUACGUAACUCGUUUCCUAUGACUUCAAAUACACAUACAAUAUCGUCAUCUACUUCAGAGCCAUUAAGACCAUCGUCUUCUAGUGAUAUGCAUAACUUUCCAACUGCUGUAGUAAUGACUCAGGGUAGAAAAGUGAAAACAUCAUUGCAAAGACUUCAACAACAACAAGAUGAAAUAUUCCAAUUGUAG